AAAAAAGUUCAACAUACACAAAAAAAGCACGGUUUGGUACGUACGGUGCGAAAGAAGUUCAGCAUACAUACGUAUAUCGGGGCAGCACGCCGUCCACUAGCGCAAUACACAUGGCAUCAUAGCGUGAAGCGUGCCGUGCGAGAGGGGGGCGGGAGGAGGGGGGAGACGUACGAGACACACGGGACGAGACCCCCCGCCCGCCCCGUCCCCCCAAGAGCCCCUUCGCGUCUCUCAACAAACCUCCAGCGUCGCGCAUUCUCGCCACGCCAAUCACCGCGCGCACCAAGACGAGGAGGAGUGAGAGGCGCAACGGGACGGAGGGGACCUAAAGCGGUGGUGGUGGGGGGGGGGGCGGCUUGCGUGAGAAUUCCGGCUCAACCCCCCCCCCACCCACUAACCACCACGCUCGCUCACGCCGACUAAGAGCGCCGCUGUUUCUGUCGUGACCACCACCACCACCGUAGCAGCAGCAGCAGCGCGCUGUUGCCUGCGCGAUCCUUUGGCGCGCACACCCUGCUCGGAGCCGCGUGGACAGACGCAGCCCUGGGUGGACGAGACGCAGCCCUGGGUGGACGAGACGCAGCCCUGGGUGGACAGACGCAGCCCUGGGUGGACGAGACGCAGCCCUGGGUGGACGAGACGCAGCCCUGGGUGGAUGAGACGCAGCCCUGGGUGGACGAGACGCAGCCCUGGGUGGACGAGACGCAGCCCUGGGUGGACGAGACGCAGCCCUGGGUGGACGAGACGCAGCCCUGGGUGGAUGAGACGCAGCCCUGGGUGGACGAGACGCAGUUAAUGUUGUGAGAAGAUCGUUCCAGCGGCCUUAUUUCGCCUACCGCCAAGUUUGGGCUUGUUGUGCCCGCACCAGCUGGCAGUCCCGACUUGACACGGAUUUUUGGUUGUUGUCGAGGUGGAUGAGAAGAGGGAGAUCGACGCUUUUUUUAUUUUCUUCGUGGUUCCCAAAGUACCGAAUUGAAAGCGGCGCCUCGUUUUGAUCUGCGUCAAUUAAGGCCACGUGUUCAGUCGGGUGAGUCAUUGUAGACACGUGGUAGAGGCUGCACGUGGUGUUUAUUCGCUUUCGUGUGGAUCAUAAAAGACAUUACGAGGGCUUUACCGACCGAGGCUGUGGUCAGCGGUAGCGAUGCGAGGGUGUAGUAUUAUUAUUAUGCGCGUGCAUGACGCACGCACGCGUGUCGACUAGGUGACAGUAAAAUAAUGCUUAGGUGAGCAGCAGUGGUGGCUUGACCGGUGUAAUUCGUGACUAUCCAGCGCGAGUUGGCGCCGGAUGAAGCAUCACCAUCUGUUUAGGCAAUGGUUAAAUUCUGAGACUUUCUCUACUCACCAUAGGUGGUGCUGACUCGUGCAUGCCUCACAUUCUCAGCCCGCAGCUGCAGCUGCAGCUGCUAGCCCGUGUGUAGUCAACCGACGGUUUGCAUCGUCAUCAUCAUCAUCAGCAAGCCACCAGCUAGCUGCCUUCGCGAUUUCUCCAACAAUGGGCCACUUCAUCAAUAACAGCAGCAGCCGAAGCUUCAACGACUCCUUCUAUGACAACGACGCCUUCAACAGCUCGGGGCAGACGUGGGACGCAGACGCGAGCAACGUGGUCAUCCCCUUCAUCUACGGAGUCGUGUGCCUGGUGGGUCUCUCGGGCAACUCCCUCGUCAUCUACAUCAUCCUGCGCUACGCCAAGAUGAAGACGGCCACCAACAUCUACAUCCUCAACCUGGCCGUGGCCGACGAGCUCUUCAUGCUCAGCGUGCCCUUCCUGGCCACGGCGGCGGCGAUGCACCGGUGGCCGUUCGGCGCGGGCCUGUGCCGCCUCGUGCUCAGCGUGGACGGCAUCAACAUGUUCACGAGCAUCUUCUGCCUCACCGUGCUCAGCGUGGACCGCUACAUCGCCGUGGUGCAUCCUAUCAAGUCGGCGCGUUACAGGCGACCCACCGUGGCCAAGCUGAUCAACCUCGGCGUGUGGGUCUUCUCGCUGACCGUCAUCAUGCCCAUCAUCGUCUACGCCGACACGGACUUCAUCCGCGAGGACCUCGUGAUAUGCAACCUCAUCUGGCCCAACGAGACGUGGUCGUCGGCGUUUGUCGUGUACACGUUCACGGUGGGCUUCCUGGUGCCCGUGGUGGCCAUCUGCCUCUGCUACCUGCUCAUCAUCGUCAAGAUGCGCGUCGUCGCCCUCAAGGCGGGCUGGCAGCAGCGGCGGCGCUCCGAGCUCAAGAUCACGCGCAUGGUCAUGAUGGUGGUGGCCGUGUUCGUCGUCUGCUGGAUGCCCUUCUACGUCAUGCAGCUCGUCAACGUGUUCAGCCGCGCCCUCGACCCGCGCCUCACCAACUUCUUCGUCAUCCUCAGCUACGCCAACAGCUGCGCCAACCCCAUCCUCUACGGCUUCCUGUCGGACAACUUCAAGAGGCUCUUCCAGCGCAUCCUGUGCCUGCGCUGGGUGGACGGCACGACCGAGGAGCCCAUGGACUACCGCGCCACGGCGCCGCGCAGUCGCCCGCCGGGAGGGCAGCCGCUCCCCGCGCAGCCGGCGGCGGCGGGGGCGCACCACCACCACCACCACCAACACAACAACAACAGCAGCAGCAACCCCGGGGCGAACGCCGCCACGGCCGCACUCAUGGCCGCCCGCUUGGCCGGGAGCAGCACGGAACAGGGAGGAGGAGGCAGGGCGCGCGCGGACGUGGGCGGCACCGCCAGCGGGAACUCCAGCACGGCGGGGGUGACCCCCGUGGCUGCCGCGGAUAAUUGCGCGGCGGCGCCGGUGCACACAGUGUUCGGCAACGGCAUGUGCACGUCGCACACCACCACCCUGUAGCCAGCACGCGCGUGGCACGCACGUGGCACGCACGCACACUCGCUCGCCCGCUCGCUAGCCCCCGGUGCGCGUGGUGUUCAUCUCGUUUGCACGUUGGCGACUCGCCGCCCUGCCCCGUUCCCUUGGAGCCCUCUCUCUCUCUCUCUCUCUGGCCGAGCUGGUUUUCUGUGUUGCGGCAUCACUACGGCGACUUUGUAGAACUUUCUGACCUGCCCCUGCUGUACGUCUGUGUAAAAAAAAAAAAAAAAGAGCUUUAAAGCUUAUUCCUCCAGUACAAAAACAGAUUUGAAAUCUGAAAGUUAGGCUGCCUUUAUUAGCGUGAUAAUUUUCAGUGCAAUAUACACUGUGAUUUAGUUUUUGCAAAUUUUCCACGUUAGAGUGUUUAUUUAUAUAUAUUGCAGUCUGUCAUUACAGGCGUCCCUCGUUUUACUCAAGGGAUGCGUUCUUCAAUAAGCACGGCAUUGAACGAAAUUUCGUAAAUCGGAAUGGCUUUUCACACUCAUAUCAUGCUUAAAAUUCGGGAUGUGUUUCGGACAGUCAUUCCAACUCUUCUCCUAACCUAAAAUAUACACCUAUAUCACUUUCCCCAGUACACUGAUUAACAACAAAGAACAUACACAUGAAAACGAUUGAAUAAUAAUUCAUUUCAAACAAAAAUAAUUAACCUUCCGGGGAAAGCACCAACAGAUCUGCAUUUUGGAAUGGACUGGGAAGGUGAUGUCGAGGCGUUACGACUUGGUGCACUGUAGCAACACCGUGACGCUGUGGCGGAUGGAUGAUGCAGCCUCCCGGGUGCUUCUUGUUUUUUUUUAUCUAACGGCACGUGCCCUGUGGAAUUUCGUUCACGCGGAAAUUCGAUUUCGUUGAUCGAAAAGUGUCCACAAUUUGUCAAGUGCGAAAUUUCAUGAACCGAACGUUCGUAAAUCGAGGGAUACCUGCAUUCAUGUGUAUGCAAGAAGAACUGUAUUCAAUGAUGUAAAUAAAGAAAUACAUGGAAGUUCAACUGUGAAAUUGGGAGGGUAAUUGCUGCUGUAGGAUGGGUGGUUGGAUAUGCGUUGGCGAAAUGUGAUUUUUUAUAAACAUAUAUAUGGAAGUGUAUUUUAAGUAUAGGAGGUGACGACAAUGAUGGAUGUUCUGACAACUUAAGCUGCCACGGCUUAGGUGUUCACGGUUGUGUUGUGCAGCUUCCUCCGAUGCGUUUUAGGAUGGUACCGCGUGUUGUUCGACACGAUGUCCGACGUUUCACUCCGCGCGCUGGGAAUUAAUUUCCCGAAGCAGCCGAGCAAACAUGUUGUAUACAACCUGAAACACAUUACAGAGCAACAGAACCCAUUGGGGUUUUUUUUACUCCUUUUUAAUUUCCACUCUACAAAAGCUGAUUAAUCUAGCACUCAACAACAUUAUCGAUUCUUCGCACACCAUUCUGGCGCAAAGGGAAUGCUGUCUAGCUAAGCACGGAUAUGUUUAUCCAAAUGGGCAUUUAAAAAUAGCAAAUCUGCAGAUUAACGUGUUAUUUGCUUUCUAUUUGUUUUGGUUAUUGUUAUUUUUUCACGAGUAAAUUUCAAUCAGAAAUGUAAGUGGAUGACAUCAUGUUUUAUUAUUACCUGGAAUAGUCACGCAGCAUCUGAUUGCAUCAUUAGCAAGGGUAUGUGCAACUCUCUGUGGACGGUCCAUCCAUACGGCAUGACUUCAGGUGACGGCAAGAAGACGGUACCGUCUAUACUUUCAUCUACACGGGUUCGUUAAUGGCUGCUCUCAUAGGCCAUUAAAAACUAAGGCUGGAAAAAAAAAGUACAUCGAUGUGAAAAUGGCCAAUAUAUGCGUCCGUGUUUUAACAGCAAUAUUGAUAAGUAUCUAAAAAUAUAUUUUAUAGCUCAUUUCAUGCUCAAGAGGCAGUAAAGUGUUGUUAUGGGGCCUGUCUGAAGUUUCGCAGCGUCUGUUGUGUUAUUCCACGUGAAGGAGAAAUGUGUGAAAUCUCAUGUUGGCAGGGACGGGUUUCAUUCAAGGAAAAAAGAGAAUGGGUCUUUAAGGAACGGCCUUUUAAAUGCCCCAAAUAUUUGGUUAGGCCACUCGGCAUAUAUCCGCUGGGGCGGGGGGGGGUUGUAAUUUAGCAACCAGGUGGGAGGGUGAGAUUAGAUAAAGUGUAAUAAAUGUGCAUGUAAUUUAUUACCACGGUUCCAUUCUAUCUAAUAGCACUGAGUGAUUUAACCAGGCUCGUACAACAGUGGAAAAAUAUCACGGUUCACUUUUUCCCCCAUGCAUAUAUCCAGUAAACUCAUACUAAGAGGGCUUAGCAGUCCCGAUGCCUGUAUUUCAGAGAAGCGCGAUUAUAUCUAUAUAUAAAUAAAAAACCUUCAUCUGCAUGUAUGUAUGUCUGAAAACCUCUUGGGUAUUUUCCCAAUAAGGUAGAAAGCUCAUAUUUGGCACGUAGCU